AAGAAAAGAAAAAAUAAACUGGCUUCCUUCAACACGUCAUGCAUUUUCAAAACUCCGUGAUUAUGCUCCUGCCGUACUCACCACUAGAAAUUCUCUUCUCCCUCUACCUACGUGGUUCAUUCAAUGCCUAUGCCUCAAAUCCAGCGUUAGCUCUUGUGUCUUCCCUCCUGUACACUACCCUUCCUUCAAGGUGGACACCUCUCCUUAAACUUAACUCAGUCAUUGCGCUUCACACACUGAAUUGCCAUUGUUUUUUGAGAUAUCUUUCCCUUGUUAGAGUGAAAGCUCUUAGGAAUCUGAUUCUCUAAGUGCUUGGCUCAUAGUAAGCACCCAGUAAAUAUUUGUUGAGUUCCGACUUCUACUACUCGGCAUAUUUGCCCAUUUCUAAUUUCUGACUAUUUUUAGUUAGGUUAUCAGCAGAAUAAUAAAAGUCCCUAUGGACUGAGUACUUAAAUAGUUCUAGAUUGUUACUGAGUAACUCCACACACACCCCUCCCCUAAUAGGAAUACUGAUAAUAAAUAUUUAGCAGCAUGGGGAAAAAAAAAUCAAGGAGUCAUUUGGAAGCCAGAGGGACAUGUCUUAAUGUUUGCACAUUCCAGAUUUAUUUUCUGAUGACCCAAAAUAGACCCCAGGUUCAUCCAGAAAUUCCUUAGACAUCAUCAGAUAUCUGGGGGGGGGGGUGCGUGUGUGGGGUUGGGAGUCAUAGAUCUAGUCUAUUUCCACUUGUGCAAACUACUUGGCACACAGUGGUGGGUCUGACUUGGGAUCACAUCCUGGCUGGACCACUUACUGUCUGUGGGAACUUGUUAUCUCUAUGAGCCUCAAUUUCUUUCAGAUCUAGGAGGACAAUACUUAUUUGGAAGGGUUGUGUGGUGACUAAAUAUUACAUGUGUAAAGUAUCUAGAGGUCUGGCACUUGGUAGGUAUUUAAUAGGUGUCAGUUAUUAUAAUUUGCAAAUAAUGGGUAAGGUGAUGAUCUGAGGAAUGUAUUACCAUUGAAUAAACUAUUACUAGAUCCAGACAUGCAGGGGCAAGUCAGUUUAGAAUUCAAAGAUCUGCUUUGCAUAGUCAUUUUUGUUUAAUGGCUGUCAAAAUAAAUGCCUAGUGAUGUUUAUAAUGUGACCUAAUAAAGGCCUCCGAGGGUUUUUCCAGUUCUCACUGUUAGGAUUUUUUCUUAUAAUAGUCCCCUACUUUCCUGCUUUGAUGUGUAAGCCUACCUCAGGAGAGCCCCUAGCCCUCCCCACAGGCACCCUGAACAGUAUCCUGCCUGAGGCGUUUGGUAAAUUCUGGGCUCACUUUUCCUUUGUUCUCCCCUGCCUGACUCCCUGCCUCCGAGGUCUUGUCCUCUGGGGAGAUAAGUGUUCUGCCAGCCUGCUUGUGUGCCUGGCCUGUUUUUUCUCACUGCCAGUACCUCUUGGAUUCCAAUUCCAAACAUGGUAUCCAUCUGGGGUCACCCUUUCUUCCGGUGCCAAGAGAGACGCAUUCCAAAUGGAACACAAGUGUGCCUCCCGUGCUGGGCUCUCCUCAUUCUGGUUGGGGACAACAGAGCAGGAUGUGGCCACUUUAUCCCUCACAGCUAAAGUUUUCAGCCCCUGAGUCCUAGCUUUGCCUCGGGACACGUUAGCUUUUCUGCUGAGAGCCAAAUGUGAAGACUGUCCUAAGAAACCUGGAGCCGAGUCAGCUCGCCAGAGCUCUGCGGACAGGGCCAGAGCCUUGCUGAAGGAAAGAGAGAGGGGAAAACAAAUUUAAAAAUCCUCCAUGAAGUGUACUAUGCUCUGCCGUUUAUUCCCAAAGCUCCUGGAAGCAUUCCUCUCAGGAAAGGUGGGCUUGGUGGCGAGAAGCCGGACGUGAGAAGACUCCUGGGAGGACCGAUUAAUCCACUUUCUGAAUUUCCUCUGUGGGGACAGUCUCCGAGCCCUGCAAGGCUUUGGGGCGCCCUGAAGAUGAGUGCUAACAGCAGCACCAUGAGCCAGCUAAUCUGGCAGGGCCCCGUGUGCGUUGGCUGGAAGCGGGACCUGGAAGGGGCCGUCUACCAUCUGGCCAACUGCUUCUUGCUCCUGGGCUUCAUGGGGGGCAGCGGGGUGUAUGGAUGCUUCUACCUCUUCGGCUUCCUGGGCACGGGCUACGUGUGCUGCGUGAUGUGGGGUUGGUUGGAUGCUUGUGGCCUGGACCUCAUCCUCUGGAGCUUCCUGCUGGCCACAGCCUGCCUGCUCCAGCUGGCAUACCUGAUACACCGGCUGCGCAGGCGCGCCCUCCCCGAGGAGUUCGACGUCCUCUACAAGACGCUGUAUCUACCCCUGCAGGUGCCUCUGCAGGUGUACAAGGAGAUUGUUCACUGCUGUGAGGCGCAGGUCUUGACGCUGGCCACUGAGCAGACUUACGCUGUGGAGGGCGAGACCCCCAUCAACCGCCUGUCCCUGCUCCUCUCCGGCCGAGUUCGUGUGAGCCAGGAUGGGCAGUUUCUUCACUACAUCUUCCCUUACCAGUUCAUGGACUCUCCAGAGUGGGAAUCUCUGCAGCCCUCUGAGGAGGGUGUGUUCCAGGUCACUCUGACUGCCGAGACCCCAUGUAGCUACAUUUCCUGGCCCCGGAAAAGUCUCCACCUUCUUUUGACCAAAGAGCGAUACAUUUCCCAACUCUUCUCAGCCCUGCUGGGCUAUGACAUCUCAGAGAAGCUCUACGCUCUCAAUGACAAGCUCUUUGCCAAGUUUGGGCUGCGCUUCGACAUCCGUCUCCCCAGCCUCUACCAUGUCCUGGGUCCCGCAGCCUCGGAUACAGGGCCUGAGUCUGAGAAGGAUGACGAGGAAGCUCGUGAACCAGCCUUGCGCACAUCCACCCAGCAAACACCCCCUUGCUCUCCUCUUCCAACGGCCACCAGCCCUUCUGCACCUCCUUCCCGGGCCAGGUUGUCCCGACCCGACAGCGGCAUCCUGGCUUCUAGAACUCCUCUCCACAGUUACUCUCAAGCUAUGUCCAGAGGACAGGCCCCCUUGGCUCCAACCCACACUCCUGAACUUUAAGGAUCCAUGGACUGUCUUUUUCUCUGGCCACACAAAUCUUUACAGGAAGCUCACUGGAGUGCACACCCCGUCUUACCCACUGGAGGGCUCACAGGCCAGGUCCAGGCAGGCUCAGGAGACAUCGGUGCUACAGCGACACGAGGGCCCCCUGCAACUUGCAGAAAUUUGCCCUCACCAGCCUUCCUUCCAGGAGGAGGCACGCAGAAGUGCAAAAACACUGAUUACAUCCUUCACAAACUGCAGAAUCUUGGGCAAGUUCCACAGGCUCUCUGAGCCUCCCCUGUAAAGUUGGGACUCAGAAAACCCAUCUCACAAGGUUGUUGUGAGCAUCAGAUGAGAUGACUUAGGUAAUGCACCUCAGACAUGGCGUGGCACCUUGCGAGCACUCAAUAAAUCACUCCAUUUAUUUUCC